AUGCCUCUCACUGCCUCCGACGUCCCCGCCAGCCUUAUCCACGAGUUCCAGCGACCCACAGAGUUCGUAAACCGCUCCGACUUCGCCUUCCACCAGCUCUACGACUGGAAUGCAGUCCACAACCCCCACUACCCCCUCUUCGUCUAUCACGAUGGGCAGGAACGCACUUUCAUCUCGUAUGAGACCGCCAAUGCGGCAAUGGAUCGCGCGGCGCGCUAUGCUCUCUCAGCUGUGGGAGAGAAGCGAUCCGUAAUUGGCGUGCUUUCCACGAGAGACUCCAUCACAUACUAUUGCACCGUGAUCGGUCUCCUCAAGGCCGGCCACACCGUCUUCCUCAUCUCAGUACGCAACGCGCCCGUCGCGGUCGCCGACAUUCUCCAGCGCACCGGUACCCAUCACCUGCUCGUUUCCCCGGACGAAGGCAUGCAGCACCUCGCCAAAGAGUCGCUCUCUGGCCUCCGCGAGAAUGGCUUCGACGUCGCUCAGCACUUGGCUCCGGCCUUCGAAGAUCUGUUCCCCAUCAACCCCGACCCUCGAAGCGUCUUCGAGUCUCCCAUGUCGCUACCGACCAAGUUUGAUCUACAGGCCCCCGCCCUCAUUAUGCACUCGUCUGGUUCCACUGGCCAUCCGAAGCCGAUCUCAUGGAGCCAUGAAGGCCUCCUUGACUGGGCAAGGGUCGGAGUGGAUUGUGACAUGGACGUUACCGGAACAAUCUUGGGGUGUCUCGGGACUCCCAUGUUCCACGCACUCGGCUCCACGCUCUACGGAACCACGCCAUUGUCUGGUAUCGUUUUGGCCUUUUUCAAGCCCGCGUUCCCGACUACCAUCCCGACCCCCGAUGCGGUUUGGGCUGGAACCGUGGCUAAUCAUGCCGACAUAUCGUUCGGCGUCCCCUUCUUCAUCGAAAAAUGGUCUCGAGACCCCAAAAAGGUCGCGCACAUGCGGAAGAUGCGUGGGAUGAUCUUCGGGGGUGCGGCUCUCGACGAUUCGGUCGGCAGUUCCCUCGCCUCGCAGGGGGUGUCACUUUUCCCUAUGUAUGGGCUCACGGAGACCGGUAUCAUCAGUUCGCUCAUGAGACCGAACCCCGGUAUGGACUGGGGGUACUUCCUGCCACGGAAGGCGAAGCGCAUGAUCUUCAGGCCGGCAACCGACGGCUUUCUUGAACCUGUUGUUGUGGGCGACGAGACCCACUUCAUCGCGCAGGCGAAUACCACAGAGGAUGGCCUGGAUGCCUACGCUACCACCGACCUCGCCAAGCCCCACCCGACGAUCCCUGGGAUGUGGAAGAUCGUAGGACGCAUGGACGAACAGAUUGUGCUCUCCAAUGGCGAGAAGACCAACCCGAUCCCGCUGGAGCGGAUUAUCAACAGCGACCCGUAUGUCAAGUCCUCAUUGAUGUUCGGCGUGGGGAAGUUCCAGAAUGGAGUCCUCGUUGAGCCCGCCAUGGAUCUUGCUGUCGAUCCGAGCGACAUGCUGCAGGUCGCUGCGUUCCGCAACAAGAUUUGGCCCACGAUCGAGCGCGCGAACGAGUUUGCUCCUCAACACUCUCGCAUCUUCAAGGAGAUGAUCCUCGUCGCCUCGCCUUCGAAGCCUUUCCAGUUCACCGCGAAGGGAAGUUUGCGUCGCAACGUGAUCCUCAAGGACCACCACGAAGAGAUCGAAGCCAUCUACAAGACUGUCGAAGAAAGCACCGAAAGCGAUGUUCCCCCUCCUGCCGUCUGGGACGAAGACGGCAUCCUUAGGUUCGUGCGUGGGGUCGUCGGAAGCACUCUCGGACACUCUCUGGAUGACUCUGCCGAUAUUUUCGCCAGCGGUGGAGACAGUCUACAAGCCACUUGGAUUCGCAACAUUCUCACCCGUGCAGUCAGCGCUCUUCCUGGCGACGCGGCGAAGCGCAUCGAUUCGAACUUGGUGUUCAGUUUCCCCACUAUCGCUGCUCUCACUAACGCCGUGCAUGCCGCGAUCAGCGGUCCUGCUGUCGUCACGCGCAAACCGGAGGAUCUCUGGACCGAAGUCAAGCGGUGGGCCGCCUCCCUUCCCGCCCGUCCCAAGGACCUCGUUCCACGCCCCGAGGAGACGAAAGACGUCGUUGUCAUCACCGGGACCACCGGCGGCUUCGGAUGCGAUGCGCUAGAGCACCUAUUGCGCGAUGAACGCGUCGGGCGCGUAUAUGCGUUCAACCGCGCAGGGUCGCGCGCGCUGGCGAGGCAGCAUGCGCAGUUCCUGGCUCGUGGGCUCGACGAGGCGCUCUUGACCUCUGGGAGGUUCACGAUGGUGGAGGCCAAGCUACACGAGCCAGGGUUUGGCAUCGAUGCAGCCCUGCUAGAAGAGAUCCGCGCGUCCGUGACCCAUAUCAUGGUCAAUGCCUGGACUGUCAACUUCAAUUUGACCCUACCCUCGUUCGAGGCCGACCUACAAGGCGCGCGCAACUUUAUCGACUUUGCGCUGGGCUCUCCGUACACCGUACCCCCGCAUCUGACCUUCGUCAGCAGCAUCGGGGUCAUGUUCAACUACCAAGGACCCAUUCCCGUCCCCGAGGAGCCGCUCGACGACCCCACAUCGCCUUUUGGCAGCGGCUACCCGGAGUCGAAGUGGAUCAUCGAGCGCGUAUUCCAGAUUGUCGCGGAGCGCACCGACGUCAAGACCACUGUCGUCCGGCUCGGUCAGGUCUCCGGAGACAAGCUCGGCUAUUGGAACGAGAAAGAGUGGUUCCCUGCACUCGUGAAGAGCGCGCUGCACCAGAAGUGCCUACCUGACCUCGAUGGUGACGUCGCCUGGUUCAACGCGUACGAAGCCGCCCAAGCCCUCACCGAGAUGCGCGACUCGCCACACGGCAUGAUGCACAUCGUGCACCCGCGUCCAUCCCCCUGGCGCGCCCUCCUCGCCCCCAUCGCGGCCGAACUCGGAGUCCCGCUCGUGCCGUACACGCAGUGGCUGGACGCGCUCGAGGAGAGUCUCGCGGGCGCGCGCGGUGACGAGGUCGAGCUCAUGCGCGUGAACCCGGCGCUGCGCAUUAUGCCGUUCUUCCGCGCGCAGACGAAGACUAUGGCCGAGAGUCAGGAGGUCGAGCCGAUGGGCUUGUGCCCGCUCUCGGUGGUGAAGUCAACGGCGGUCUCGCAGGCGUUGGCGUCGAUGCCGAUGCUGGACGGCGAGCGCGCGAGGGCGUGGGUCGCGGCGUGGAGGAAGGCGGGUUUCUUGUAG